CCUCGGGGGGGCACAACCGUAAAUCGGGUCCGCAGGAUCACCGGAGCCAGCACCGCGUCCAGCACCACCCCACCGGGGGAGAGGAUGGAGCCUGGACCGAGGACUGCGAGAGUGCGCGGAGACCUCUCUGCCAACCGAGACACGCAGAGGUGUCUCGAAGUGGAGGAGACCACCGGGGGCAGAAGAGCCACUCUCACCGACAGGCGAGCCUCCAGGAUGAAGGGUACGCUCAGGAGGAAGCGAGGCACAGGGCGAGCCGGCUCCAGAAAGAGCGCAGCAAGUCCACCAGGACCAGGCAUCAUCCUCACGACUCCUCCCGAGGUGAGCCGCCUCCCGCAGCGCAGCUCCAGCACGGCUCCCCGCAGGACAGGAGGACCUCUCCGGUUCCGUCUUACCCAAAAGGACAGGACGAUGCGGAUUUCUUCUUCGAGCCCAGAGAGAGGGUGAUCACCGGGUCUUCCUCCAGCCUCAGCUCCGACCCACCUGCGACCAGAGCACCUGCGAAGUCCAGCCGCACAUCCAAGAGAGUCAGCAUAACCGCGUCUGACUCCGUCCUCCAUCCCAUAGUGAAGUCAGUCUUUGGGCAGGACCAAAAGAAGAACUACAAGGCAGUGCAGUCCUGUGAGGAGGGGGGAUCUGGGGGGGCCUAUCUUGAGCCGCUAUUGGCCCUGGCCCAGAACGGAGCCAGCAUGCACACCGUACUGGGGCCUGCGUGCAUCUUUCUACGCAAGGGCUUCGCUGAGAGCCGGCAGGCUGACCGAGAGUUGAGGCCCGAAGAAAUGGAUGAGUUGCGUGAGGCUUUUAAGGAGUUUGACAAAGACAAAGAUGGGUUUAUUGGCUGUAAAGACUUGGGGAACUGCAUGAGAACUAUGGGUUACAUGCCAACAGAGAUGGAGCUUAUUGAACUGAGCCAGCAGAUCAACAUGAAUUUGGGGGGACAUGUUGACUUUGAGGACUUUGUUGAACUCAUGGGGCCCAAACUUCUGGCUGAAACCGCAGACAUGAUUGGGGUGAAGGAGCUGAGAGAUGCAUUCAAGGAGUUCGACACUAAUGGUGACGGACAGAUCAGCACAGCAGAACUCAGAGAAGCAAUGAAAAAACUUUUGGGCCAACAGGUCGGACACAGAGACCUGGAGGACAUCCUACGAGACAUCGACCUCAACGGAGAUGGGCAUGUGGACUUUGAAGAGUUUGUGCGGAUGAUGUCUCGAUGAGGUCCUGACAGAGAAUCGACAUGAACUCUGGUGUGGGAGCACGAGGAAAGAGACCAGCACAGAGCACCAACGGAUCUUGAACUACUGAGCUUUCAAUGGAAACGAAAACAUAUCAACCCCGCCCUGAAACUGCCAUGCUGAAGCACACAGGCUGUUUACCA